GCCCAUAAGACAUUGCAAAGAAGAGGAAAGAAAAUAGGCCCAUGACUUGGGAAUAUCGCUUUCUUCAUAGUCACUGCCAGUAGUCUAGAAUGCUUUAUCUCUGCUCCAAUGGCUUCUGUAAAACCUCUCUCCUCGAUAAGAUAAACCUAGUGCCACCCUGAUAUCGCGCAUAUAACACGUCCGUAUCCCAACCGCAGCUCCAUUUCACUGAUUUACCGCCAAACUCCACGAUAGCCAGUGUUGUGCCACGCGAAUCUUAAACACCUAAAUGUGUGCCGUGAACGAAUGAACCACAUCGUGCAACCCACACUACUGCUACACACUCCAGGCCCCCUGCCGGUCACUGCACGGCCAAUUCGCCGCUUCGGCAGCUGCGGCACCCUCCAGACUACCCGUCUGUGAGACCGCAGUCGUGUGCAUGUCGAAGUGGAUUUGGAGACAUUACGGCUCUGUCGUCCAUUUAACCGGAAAAGAGUUAUGCGUCAUCAGAGCACUUUGUCAUAUCUUAGUAGGACUCCGGCACAGCGCAGUGCGCCAGUCUACAACGGGGCGCGUCAGCUGUGAGGCGGGCACGGGUGCGGGCAAGAAGAGUGUCGAGCAGCAGGACAAGUUCAUCUCUCACACCAACACACUUGAGUACUUUGAAAGACACUUAGAAUAUUUAUUGCAUUUUAACUAAAAAAAAAAAAAAGCGUUAUGACUUCUUACUUCAUGUCGUUUUGAAGGAUCGGUAAAUCUCAUCAACAAUGUGUUAUGUCAGUGGUGAAAAAGGUUCUUCAAAUCAUAUCGAUCGAGUGCAGAAAAGAGAAGACUAGUGAAGACUAUCGAAGAUAAGUAAAGGCCAGUGAAGAGCCUGCGGCAGCAUCACAGGCACAAACAGCUGGCUGCGGCCAGCAACCCGUACGAGAUGCUGCUGCUGCACAAUACAGUUGUCUGUGCGACUACACUUUUGCUGUGCUUCAACUUUUCCAGCACAGCAGAGCAGGCCCUCCAACCUAACACUAAGGUGCAGGCGUCUCUGGAGGGUGAGACACGCCUACCCCAGCAGGGCGGGCCGGCGGGGGCGGCAGCUGCUGUACACCUCACCGCCACAACGCAAAAACCACCGAUCCAUAGACUGGCGGCAGGAGACUCCUCCAGACAAAACAAGGGACGUGAUCAACCAUCAACUUCGGAGGAAAGUGAAAAUAAGAUGCCUCCAGAAGCCAGUGACAACACAAGACAGGAGACGACGGGAAUGAAUGACGGGAGGGCAAGAGCUGCUGGUGAAGGCAGAAAACAGGAAAGAGUUACCCAGGGAGUCAGAGAUAAUCUUGACACACAAGAGUGGUUCACGGAGACGCUCAACGUCACCAUCACCCCAAAAGUCACCUGGACACGCCGCAGAGACCCCCACGGCCCCCCACCCCCCACACCGGAGAAAGAUUCAUCGGAGAAGAGAGGAAAGCGUGACGAGGACGCGGAAGAGCACAUCCUCCUGACGGUUACCUUCAAUAAGGACGGCCAGGCACUCAUCCUUGACCUCCACCCUAACAGAGACUUGCUGACGGCAGCGUACACGGAGUCGAGCGGCGGUGUGGCCGGUGGGGAUGACACACUUCCGAGAGAGAGCAAGGCGCCACCCUGUGAGUACCAGGGGGUGGUGAGGGGCAUGGCGAAGACGUGGGCGGCUCUGUCGGUUUGUGGCGGUCUCAGAGGCGUGGUGUCCGUCACCCUAGAAGAGGGUCAGCAGGUGGAUCUGAUGGUAGAGCCGUCGCCUGGGUCUACCUCUCCUCGAGGCCCCCACACAGUGCUCUCCGCCGCCCUUCUCCGCAUGCAGGAUGGAGUUUGUGGCGUGAAGGAUUCCGGGUCACCGGCGGAGACGGAAGAGGAAGCCGAGGACGCCCACCCCACAGCUGAGAGGAGCACCAACGCCUCCUCCUCCCCUGGCCGCCGGGCGCGGCGCUGGGCCCAGCUGAUGGGCGGGCCGAUGUGGUACCAGGGCGACACCAGGUUCGUGGAGUUGGUGCUCGUGGCGGACCAUUCGUUCUUCGUUUCUCACGGCGACCAGACACGAUCCCGCUGCAAGGCCAUCGUCAACAUUGUCAACGCGGUGUACCGUCCGCUGGGCGUGGUAGUGGUGCUGAGCCACCUGGAGGUGUGGAACACGGUGACAAGAUACCCGUCACGAGAACUACCACAGAACCUCAACCUUUUCAAAACAUAUCGCAAGAAGAUGCUGGAGGAGGAACCCGACUACAACAACGACAACACCAUGCUGCUCACGACAAACCACAACAGCAUCGUGUGGGCGUCACGGCCUUCACCCUGGCACACGAAAAUGGGACACAACUUUGGCAUGAAACACGAUGAGGAGCAGGAGGAGCUCGUGUCAUUGUAG